AUCAGCGUCUACAACAUGGCCGCUGAAGAGAUGAUCGAAAAGCUUGCAGAAUAUGACGGGAAAGACCAAAGUGUUGAGCUGUUCCAGCAUGCCAGUCUUUGUACCAUGGAGAUCAUCCUUCAGUGUGCUUUUUCUGGUGGAGGAAUGUCUGACAAGACCAAGGAAGACUAUCUUGAAGCAGUGAAGAGGAUUGGAGACUUAAUGGUUGAAGUCAUUAAGAACACCCUGUACUACAUAUUUCCCACCAUCUACUACCUGAGCCCAGGAGGGCGCGAGUUCCACCGUGUGUGUGACUUUGUUCACGACACGGCAAAUUCCGUCAUCAGGAAAAGGAGGGAAGAACUGGAACGUGAUCCUGAGACAUUAGCGGAGAAGAAGAGGCUGGAUUUUAUCGACAUUUUGCUGACGGCGCGAGACGAGGAUGGGCGAGGGAUGACAGAUGACGAGAUCAGGGAGCAGGUGGACACCUUCCUGUUUGCAGGACAUGACACCACGUCCAGUACCCUGUGCUGGACCCUGUACUCCCUGGCUCAACACCCUGAUCACCAGCAGAAGGUACAGGAGGAGGUGGAGGAAGUUCUGUCUGGGAGGGACGGCAGCACAAUUGAAUGGGAGGACCUGAACAAACUGACAUACCUGACCAUGUGCAUGAAGGAGUCCAUGAGGCUCCACAUUAUCGUUCACCUCAUCUCCCGCACCACCACCGAGGACACGGUCAUUAACGACGUUCCCAUCCCGAAGGACACCUAUGUAGCCAUUCACCUGUACGGACUGCACCACAACCCUGAUGUCUGGUGA